UUUUUUGCAUACAUUUCGCAGUUUGCCGCUAAAGGAUGAAGUGCGCAGUUCACGUCUACGGCUAAAGUUCCGUGUGCAAGCCUGUAGGAAAACAUCGCAGUGAAAACAAAGGCGUUAUCUCCACUUAUUCUGUUUCCCGCGAAACUUCUCAUUGAUAAAAAAUUCGCAGCCCUGCUGAAUCUGGAUAAUAUCGGUGUUUGUUUGGAACUUUUCGAAGAUGAGAAUAUCCAGACCGGUCGGUGAUUCAAAAUGGGGGAAUCUGCCAAUCGCAGAGAAAUAUCAUGUGAACCGGUUGCAAAAAGCUGAAUCCACGAGGCAAAACAACAACAAACUAGGAGGGCUCCUUUUCGCGGAAACAGAGGACAGAAACGCUACGCCCACAAAUAUCUCAACUGCCACUCCCACUUCAGAUAGUGCAUUUUUUGAAAGCUAUUCCGAAGCGGACAGUACUGAAACCCAUGACUAUGAACCCAUCCCAGGAACCAAGUGUCGUACUUGUUUUCGAAGCUUAUCGCUGGAUGGCAAUGUCAAGGACCUGUAUGCCAAGGACAACGUUGAUCUUCUCUACCGCAUUAAGCUAACGACCGGUGUGAGGAUACAAUCAGGAAUUAAGGGAGUACCUCAUCACAUAUGUGCAACUUGUCAAAACACACUGAAGACAGCUAUUGAAUUCCGUGAAAAAUGCAUAAGGAUUGACCAAAAUCUUAGCCAAAUUAACUAUAAAUGUGGUUUUCAAAAUGAUGAUGAUGAAAUCGAAGCGGAGCUUGAGAAUGUCCUCUACGAACAAUCCGCUCAGCAGACAACCGAUGUCGCAGGCAUGGGAUUCUUAGACCCAGACCUUUGGUCGAGUAGUGAGAAUGGCCUAGAAGAAGACGAAUUCCCUCCAGAUUUAGAGUCAAAUUUAUCCCUAACAGAAGAGGAUUUCUCCCUGGAUGGAGAGCCAUACUUGCCUCCGAAUGAUACAAAGGAGAAAGAAAAGAAAUCCAGACAGCCAAAACAUGCAUGCAAUGAGAUUGUAAGCAUUACAAAAUGUGAAACCAAAGAAGAUAUUCGGAAAGUUAAUGACGGAGCUCAGAUCUACAAGGUUGUGCUAGCUGAAUGCAAUCGCAAAGAUAACAAUAAGCCAUCCAAACCAAAGGAAAAACCACCAAAAGCCCGCAAACCCAAAUUAAGUGUGGAGGAAAAAAAUCGUAGGCAUCGCGAAUGGGCUCGAGAGAAGCCUUUAAAUCAUAUCUGCCAAAAGUGUGGCCACUCUUUUCGGCAUCCCGGCCAGCUGCAGAUGCACAUGCUCCGUCACGAUAGGGCCAAGAACUUCGAGUGUCCGGAGUGCCCGAAAAGGUUCUACGACGCCUAUACGCGAAACAUGCACAUACGAGUGCUGCACAAGGGAGAGAAUCCCUUUCCUUGCAAUCACUGCAAUAUGUCGUUUUCAAGCGGGAGUAGUCGUCACAAGCACGAAGUAAAAGUCCAUGGGGCAGGUCCUCGAAUUCUCACACGCCAGAAAACAAAGGACGAACACGACGGUCGAUAUUUUUGCAGCAAGUGCUCAAAAAGUUUUACCACAAAAAACUCCUUAAAUUACCAUAUGAACUCCCACAACGGAACGAAGCCCUUCAAGUGCAAGGUUUGUGGGCGAGGAUUUACGGAUCCAAAUGCAUUGAGACGGCAUCAAGGGCUGCACGACAAGUUUCCUUACCACUGUGAUAUCUGCUCCAAGGGGUUCUUGCUACGCUGCAAACUUACGGAGCACCAGCUAGUGCACACUGCUGAACGUCCUCAUUGGUGUGAGUUCUGCGAUGUUCACUAUCGCCAGAAGUAUAAUCUAAACAAACACUAUAAUAGCAACAUGCACAAGAACAAUGUGCUAAAGGCUCAGGAAGAGGAAUACAAUGGACUGAAGCAAACGCUUACAGAUUUUUUAAACUUCUGAAUCUUAAGCUCCAAAGAUAUCCACAUAUGAACUAAUGAAUCUCAAUCAACAAAACUGUUAACUAUGAUUAAGCUAAUUGCACUGAAAGUACGUGCCAUAUCUCAGGAAGACCAGACCAGAAUUCUUUUUAUAAUAAAUUUGUUAUACACAUAUACUUGCGGAUUAGAUGAAUAAUGUAAGUCAACAGCCCAUGGAUAAUGUGCAAAAGACUCAAGGAGAGCAAAGAUUUUAUUUACCUAUUAAAAUCAGGAUUAUCAUGCAUUUAAAUAAAAUAAGUCUAAGCUGAAAGGAAGACUUGACAGUUUAUGUAUGUACUUGAAAUUUAUACUUUUUUCUAAAAUAAAGCAUAUCGAAUUAA